AUGGGAAAACGAACGAGGAGGCUGCGCCUGGACCGGCCAUCGCUUCCGCGCGAAUGGUCGCGUCACAGCAACGGGCCGGUCCGCGACGUUAUGGAGGAGGUGGAAUUUAGAGUCAAGGGCGCGUCGCAGCGGCUCGGCGGCGGACAGGCUGCCGCCGGAGAAAAGGCGGCGCCGGCGCGACGUCAGCCACAAGGACAAGGGAGCAGCGGAGGAGCGACAUCAGCCGUCUCAGACCGCUCUGCGGCCCGUCCGGACCUGGACAAUCCGAACCUCAUCGCGCUGGGCGCGCGCAACAAGCUCAAUCGACGCAACUACGACGACGACGACCGCCCCGCCAAGUCGCAGUGGCAAGAGACCAGCCGUGUGCAGCUGAGUGCUGCUGAGCCCGUCUGGGAAGAGGACGCCGACGAGGACGCGAGGCCUGCGAAAUUGCUGUGUCUGAGGCCCUACGGCCAGCUAACGCCGCUGAGCGACGGAGACGACGCUUCUGCUGCCCGCAUGGCGCCCGCUCCUGCUCCGCUGGCCGCCCCCAACGGCCAGCCGGGGCCUCAUCCCUCCUUCAUCGAGGUUGCCAAGCCGUACAUCUUCCAACAAAAGGUCGAGCAAUACCUCGCCGCCAUUGCCAUGCCCGAGGCGAAGGAGGACAGCAUCCGACUUCAAGGUGUGCAACUUAUCGACAACGUUAGAAAAUCAUUGCAACUACCGGUUCGUACAUUCAACACAGCAUGUGUCUACUACCACAAGUUCCGCCUGGUCCACGCCGACAACGAGUACAAUCUAGUCGAAGCCGCACUGGCUGCCCUCUUCACAGCUUGCAAGAUCGAAGAUACGCUCAAGAAAUCCAAGGAAAUCAUCUGCGCCUCCUUCAACCUCAAACUACCCCUAGGAGAUCAGCUCUCUCCCGAUGACCCACUCUUCUCCCGCCUCAAGCAAUUGGAACAACCCUCCAAAGUCAUCAUCGGCCUCGAGCGGCUGAUGCUGGAAGGCGCCGGCUUCGACUUCCGCAGCCGUCAGCCGCAGAAGUUGGUCAUCAAGUUGGCGCGCUGGUGCGGAUUCACCAAGGAGCGCGUCGGCAAAACCGCGUACAACAUGUCACUCGACCUAUACCGAACCUUCGCGCCGCUGAAGCAGACGACGGCCACCAUGGCCCUGGCAUGUGUCGAGCUGGCGGCACGUCUGUGUGACGCCCGUCUAGAGCGCGUCCAGGCGAUUGACUACGCGCGGUGGAAGAUUUCGAGGGCGGAGGUCAUGGAAACCAUGCUGGACCUCCUCGACCUCUACACCCACCACCGCAACACCAGCCUCAUCGGCCCCCACCACCCGCUCGACACGUACAUCAACGUGCGCAUCGCGCUAAACCAAGAGUCCAAGGACGCCCACCUGCCCCGCUACACGCAAUACGCCACCGCCACUUCUUCCUCCGCCCCCUCAACCACCACCGCCGCCGCCGCCGGCACCGGCGCAAGCAGCUCCUCCACCCUUCCCCCCAAGCCCGCCGCCGCAGCCGCCAACGGCCUCCCGCCCAAACCCGGCACCGCAGCGACGACACCCACCGGGGCAAACGGCACCUCCGCCCUACACCAACAACAACAACCUCCCGCAGCAGCAGUAGUGCCGCCCCCGUCAGUAGCAGCGAUGGGGCCCCUCGCGCUCCCCAUCUCGGCCAUCGGCACCCGCGGCGUCGGCGGCACGGUGCGCUUCAUGCUGGACGCGUCGUGCGCGCAGGAAGAGAAGAAGGCUGUCGAGCGCUACUUCAAGGACGAAGAGGAAGAGUACGAGGUCGAGGUCGAAGUGAGUGGCGGAGGUGGCAACACCGCUAACGAUGGUGGGCGGAUUGAUAGCGGUGGCGAGAGGGAGAGGGAUAGGGAGCGUGACAGGGACAGGGAGAGGGACAGAGAUAGGGAGAGGGAUAGGGACAGGGAGAGAGAUAGGGAACGGGAUAGGGACAGGGACCGAGGAAGGGGCCGGAGGUGA